AUGUAAUCAUUAAAAGACACUGAUAACAAUAGUGAAAACUUGAAUGAAGAAGAUAAGUAAUGUAAUAAAGUUAUAAAUUAAGCAGCUCUAUAAAUUAACAGGUUCCCUAGUUCCCUUAAAAAAAGGCUCCAUCUUAUUCUAAUGAAGUUCCUCAAAUACUCAAAUUAUAAAAUUCAUUUAGAAAUGCUUAAGGAAACACAAGAAGAGAAUUGGAAUGUUAAUUAAUUAAAAGAUUAGUCGAUCUUAAAAAGAAUAGUGAUUCUGAUUGGUAUAGAUUGAAUGGAGUAUGGGCAUAAAAAUACACAACAUACUUAUAUGAUAAUUCGAGUACAUUACCAGGUCCAAUUGACAAUACUGAUUUACUCUAAUAGAAAAAUUUAGUGAGGAAUGUGGAUUUUUAUGUGGUAAACGAGACAGUAUGGAAGUUCCUUCUUGAAGAAUAUAGUGGAGGUCCUGAAAUCUUAGAUGAAAAAAUUCCUCGAUCUCCUUCUUCUAAUGCUAGUUCUACAACUGACAGGGCAAAAUCAGUUGAAAUAAGCAUUGUUUCUUAUGUACCCAAAUUAGAUAAAAAUCCUGAGAUUCCAAUUAAAGGGUUAAAGAAUGAAUUGUAUUAUUGUUACAUGCAUUCUUGUUUAUAAUGUAUGAUGUGUAUAAAAGAGCUUAACAAUUUAAUACUAAACAGCAUAAAUACAUAGCAUAUAUAAGAUAUGACAUUUUGUACAAAUUAUUAAGAAUUUCUUAGGUAACUUAAAGAUACUUAAAAUGAUUAUAUAAAAAUUAAUUCUUUGCGUAAUAAUAUCAGCAAAAAAUUCAAUCCAAAACAUUAACAUGAUGCAUAAGAAUUUUUGUUGUUUUUAUUGUCUAAUUUGGAAGAUGAAAUAAAUAAUUUCAAUAAGAAGGAUAGAUAACAAUAGACUAAAUUACUGAAUGUUAUUGAUAAAUAUCUGAAAGGAUAGAUAGUUAGUGAAAUUAUUUGUAAAAAUUGUUAUAAAAAGUCUUAAAUAAUGGAAGAUUUUAUAACAUUAUCUUUGGCAUUAAUGAAAAUAAAUACUAUAAAUUAAUCUUUAGAUGAGUUUCUUAAUGAUGAAUUGAUUUAAGAUUAUAAAUGCGAUAAUUGUUAUUAAAAAAAAACUGCAAUAAAAAAAACAAAAAUAACUAAAUUACCAUAAUAUCUUAUUAUUCAUUUAAAAAGAUUUAAGUUUUUUCCAAAAUACAACAAAAUAAUUCAACAUGUUAAAUUUUCAUUUGAAUCCACUUUUUAUGGUAUCAAUUACAGUUUAGUUGGAAUAAUUGUACAUUCUGGAUCUUUAGAAUAAGGUCAUUAUUAUUCUUAUUGUAAACGAUAAAAUAAAUGGUGGUUAUUCAAUGAUUAAAAGACCAAAUAAGUAAAUAACAAUGAUGUACUCUAAUAAUAAGCAUAUAUUUUAUUUUAUUAAUAACUUUUAUGA